CUUGUAACUCUUCCGGUACUCGACCAGAGUAGUUGAGCUCAGAUUAACCGAUGGUUUGUCUCUUCUAGAUCUGCUCAUCAUGUCUGGCCGUGGUAAGAAGCUCGCAAGCGCAGCGAAACCCAAGGCGCCCGUGUCGCGCUCCUCCCGCGCGGGGCUCCAGUUCCCGGUGGGCCGCGUGGCGCGUCUCCUGCGGAAGGGGAACUACGCGCCGCGCAUCGGCUCCGGCGCGUCGGUGUAUCUGACCGCGGUCAUCGAGUACCUGUGCGCGGAGGUGCUGGAGCUCGCGGGCAACGCGUGCCGCGACAACAAGAAGCUCCGCAUCGCACCGCGUCACAUCCAGCUAGCGGUGCGCAACGACGAGGAGCUGAACACGCUGCUGGGCGGAGUCACGAUCUCUGAGGGAGGAGUUCUGCCCAACAUCCAGGCCCAACUACUGCCCAAGAAGACCAAAGCAGCCCGAGACCCGGACACCAGCAAACCGGGCCAGUCCCAGGACUUCUGA